AUGGGUGAAGCAGAUAUCGCCGUGAUUGGUUUGGCUGUCAUGGGCCAGAACCUGAUUCUCAACAUGAAUGAUCACGGAUUCACAGUCUGUGCUUUCAACAGAACUGUCUCUAAAGUUGAUGAUUUCCUGAACAAUGAAGCCAAAGGUACCAAAAUCAUCGGAGCCCAUUCCAUGGAAGAAAUGAAGCUAAAACGACCACGUCGUGUUAUGAUGUUGGUAAAAGCUGGUGCUCCAGUUGACUCAAUGAUCGCCAAUAUUGUUCCCCAUUUGGAACCGGGCGACAUUAUCAUCGACGGUGGAAACUCAGAAUACACAGAUACCAACCGCCGUCAUGCAGAGUUGGCUAAACGUGGAAUCCUUUACGUCGGUUGCGGAGUGUCUGGAGGAGAAGAAGGUGGGCUAUACAUUCCAAAUCUUUAUUAA